AUCCAGGCACGUCCCUAAUUUUGGGUGUGUAUCUAUUUUUAUUCGUCAACGUUAGCCCGAUUUCUGCAUUAGUUCGAGAAUUAAAAACUAUAUAGUGGAACUGCCUGCCAUUAAGAUCCAUCCACCAUCCCCCGAUAAACAUUCAGAGCACUUGCGUUUGAUCGGUUCGAUCAUACAACCAAAAAAACCAAAAAAAAAAUCACACCACACACCCACCAUUCCGUAAUUGCAUUUUACAGUAUCAGUAUCACUGAGAAACUUUUCAACCAUAGGCCUAUCCGAGACAGCCAUCAUGGACGUAAUGUCAUCAUCCCUGCAGCAGCAGCGCGUCGUCGUGGAGCAGCUGCGACGCGAGGCGGCCAUUGAGCGCCAGACCGUCUCCGAGUCUUGCGCCAAAAUGAUGAAGUACAUCACGGAGCACGAGCAGGAGGACUACCUGCUGACUGGUUUCACCAGCCAGAAGGUUAAUCCAUUCCGCGAGAAGUCAUCAUGCACCGUACUUUAAGAAGGUGCUGGAUGGAGGAUCCGUCCGGUGAAAAUUGGAAGCUGAAAGGAGGAGCACCGGCGGAUGUUAGAUUAUUUUUAGUUUAGCGAGAUGGAUUAUGAAGUACGACAGUACAUCAGUACCAGACAACACCACCUGGAUCAAUAUAUCUUUGUGUAAAAGCAACAAUAACUACGAUUGUCAUAAGCAAUAUAGUUACAAUUUUAAUUCCAAUUGCGAGGAAAAAUAUAUAUAUAUAACGAU